AUGAAGCGGCGCAAUGCGGACUGCAGUAACGUUAAGCUCCGCCGUCCGUUAAAACGGAACCGAAUCGCCGAAGGGAUCCAGAGCAGCACCUUCCUCUACCUGAAGUUCCUUCUGGUGUGGGCUUUGGUGCUGCUGGCAGACUUUGUGCUGGAGUUCCGGUUCGAGUACUUAUGGCCCUUCUGGCUUUUCAUCAGGAGCGUCUAUGACUCUUUCAGAUACCAGGGACUGGCAUUCUCUGUGUUUUUUGUUUGUGUUGCGUUCACAUCAGACAUCAUAUGCCUCCUGUUCAUCCCUAUGCAAUGGCUGUUUUUCGCUGCCAGCACUUAUGUUUGGGUACAGUACGUGUGGCACACAGAGCGGGGGGUGUGUCUGCCCACGGUGUCUCUGUGGAUACUGUUCGUCUACAUCGAAGCAGCCAUUCGGUUCAAAGACCUGAAAAAUUUCCAUGUUGGCCUGUGCCGUCCAUUUGCUGCUCACUGCAUCGGCUACCCAGUGGUGACGCUGGGCUUCGGCUUUAAGAGCUAUGUGAGCUAUAAGAUGCGCUUGCGGAAACAGAAGGAAGUGCAGAAGGAGAACGAGUUCUACAUGCAGCUCCUGCAGCAAGCACUGCCUCCAGAACAGCAGAUGCUACAGAGGCAGGAGAGAGAGGCAGAGGAAGCUGUCUCUAAAGGCAUGUUGGAGGCAGAUUCAACGCUGCUGGCUCAGAACGGAACUCCUGGUACUAAGAAACUGCCGAUUUCUUUCCCGGAGCUGGAGCAUCGGGAGCGAGGCAAAGAGGGCAGCAGUGGCAGAGACAGGGACACCAAGAAACAGCAGCAACAGCACAGUAUAGGAAUAAACAACAAUAUCCUACAGACUGUGGACUCUAAGCUGCAGGAUAUUGAGUUCAUGGAAAACUACCUGAGCAGCAAGAGACUCAACAGUGAGCUGGGAGGUAGUGCUGAGAACCUGCUCAUCAAAGAGGAUUUGAGCAGCACAGGUGGAGGCUCCUCCUCGAAACAUUACAAAAACUCCUCCCCCCGCAGCCACAGCUCCACCAAUGGCAAUGUGCCAUCCUCGUCCACGUCCAGUAGAAGUGAGAAGAAGCAAAAGGGUGUAGGGAAAAACAAUAGCACCCAUCGAGAUGUAAUGGAGAACUAUAUACCCAACAACCAGCUCAGUAAGCCAGAUACUUUAGUGCGUCUGGAGCAGGACAUAAAGAAACUGAAGGCAGACCUGCAGGCGAGCCGUCAGGUGGAGCAGGACCUGCGCAGUCAGAUUGGCUCUCUGGGCAGCGUGGAAAGGAACAUGCGUUCAGAGCUUGGUCAGCUCCGCCAGGAGAAUGAGCUGCUGCAGAAUAAGCUUCAUAAUGCGGUACAGGCCAAACAGAAAGACAAGCAGACCAUUGUUCAGCUGGAGAAACGUCUGAAAGCUGAGCAGGAGGCACGAGCAGCGAUAGAGAAACAGCUAGCCGAUGAAAAGAAGAGAAAAAAGCUGGAGGAAGCAACAGCUGCCCGUGCUGUUGCUCUGGCUGCUGCUUCCAGAGGGGAAUGCACAGACUCUCUGAGGACACGCAUCCGGGAGCUGGAGUCUGAGUGCAAGAAGCUUUCCCAUGAUGUCAAAUUUAAAGAGGAGCAGCUUCGAGAGCUUGAAGGCAAAGCACAGGAGCUGCGCAAGUAUAAAGAGAAUGAAAAAGAUACAGAGGUUCUCAUGUCUGCACUAUCAGCAAUGCAGGAUAAGACCCAGCACUUGGAGAACAGCCUUAGUGCUGAGACCAGGAUCAAGCUGGACCUCUUCUCAGCGCUGGGGGAUGCCAAGAGGCAGCUAGAGAUUGCACAAGGUCAGAUCCUGCAGAAGGACCAGGAGAUAAAGGAACUAAAGCAGAAGAUAGCAGAGGUCAUGGCCGUAAUGCCCAGCAUCACAUAUUCAGCCGACACAAACAACAUGACCCCUGUCACGCCUCACUACUCGUCCAAGUUCAUGGACACCAGUCCCUCCAGCCUGGACCCCAACGCCUCUGUAUACCAGCCAUUGAAAAAGUGAAAGCUUUCCCCUCCCUGCCCUCCGUUUUGUCCUCUAAAUUGACCAGGCUCAGUAUCUGUACCUCUUAAGAGUGUUUUUACACCCCCUCACCCCUCUCAGUAAUCUGUUCUCUGUUAUUGGUGAAUCAGGAGUCGGAAAAGAUAGGAAAAAAGGGAUGUUAUGCUGACUAAAUCUGCCCAGUUUGGAUUUUAGGGUUGUUUUGUAAAGCUACCAGAAAGCUCAGCCAAACCUUUUCCGCAGUUAAGCCACUACAGUCUGUGGCACUUCUGUGUCCCCUCCCAGUUCCUCUGUUAAGGUGUUUCUACCUUUCCCCUCACUUUUGUGUUAAACAUAAGGAAUUUUAAGUGCCAGAGGAAAGGCAGGAUGUUUUUUUUUUCUUCAUGGCAUGUUUAAUGAAUGUAAAAGAAAAGGAAAUAUUACUUCAUGUUUGGUUCUUUUAUUACCAUGAGAUGAGAGUAUUCCUGAUUGACGACACAAUUUGUUUAUCCAGAUGCUGUGACUGUUGAAAGCAUGUUUCGGUUCAGUUAUGACCAUAGUAUUGUAAUUCUGUCAGUGUGGAUCAGGAGACGCGAUUGGUUUUGUAUUAUUAUUCAUCUUUGGAAAUUGAAAUGCUCCGUUCUGCCCCGACACUGUCUGACAAGUCCGUAGUUCACCUGCGUUCCCAGUACGGCGAUGCCGAAGUUGAGGAAGCGGUUCAGAAGAGUCUGAUCGUGAUGUUGUAUUAAUUGAUUAUAUGCUGCAUAAAUAUUUGAGAAUGUUGUAUUUUGCGGUCAGUGCAAAUCCUCUUUAUUACCGGACCAAAUUAAAAUAGAGUUUAGACAAUAUGCAGAGAGCGGAACAUGCACAGUGUGGGUAGCUGAUCUUUCCAGUCAUCAUUUUACGCAGUGCCUUGAAUCUUUUCCGUUUAAAAACACAACAACCCGGAUGAUGUCCUCCCUGGAUCGGCUUGUGCCCAUUAUUUCUCUUUUCAGUUGCGGUACUUCUGUUUAGCUUCCCUGAUGUUUUAUUUGGCCAUGAAUUAUAGAUGUCCUGUAAUGGUCACUGAAAUCAGGCUUACUUUUGUUUCGGUGAACAGUGGUCCUCCGAAUCUACGCUUGUUUACGACUUGUUUACGACAUUUGUAAAAGUAAAAAAAAAAAACUUGCUGAAUGUUUUCAUUUCAGAAAAGCGUGCCAAGUACGGUCCCCAUCAGCACCACCACCAUCAUCAUCAUGUCAGAGGUAGAGAUAUCCAUUGACGAUAGCUUAAGUUACAUGUGACAAAUGCACUGUAUGUGUUCUCUUAGUGCUGGCAAGAUUGGCCUCAUCGUCUGUUACUUAAAAAUCAGCCCACUUUAUGCUACUCGCAUCCUUUACUUCACGUUUUCUUAAAUGAUUGCUCUGAAGUUUGCAUCAUGCAUCAAGCUCGUUUGGAUUAGAUCUUGUUUUGCGACAGGGAUGAUUUGUCAAAUGUUGAAUUUUUACUGUUCCCCUGACUUUUUUUUUUUUUUUUUUUGAGAAGUAUUUCUGUGGAUUGCAGUGGCGUUGUUUUGGGGUCUUUUUUUGUAAACUUUGUGAAGAGUAAAGAAGAAAGCAGUUA